GGCGCUGCCCGCACUGCGGCACCAGGUCGGCUCUCAAAGCCCUAGUGGCUGGCGGGCGGGAGGCUGCGCGAGUGCCUGGCGGGGAGCCGCUUCGCACAGUCGCAGCGUUGGCUCCGGCAGGACGGGCUGUCGGCCGCUCUGGGCUCUGGUGUCCGUGAGUACGCCGCAGGCCCGCAGGGUGUCAACCUGGUGCUGAAUUUCGAAUCUGUGAAAUGCCUUCUUAAUUACAUCCGAGAAAAGCAUUUCUUCUCGAGACUUUUCUGUCCAGAGUACCCAUAAUAUUGGAGGAAGAUGAAUAUUGAUCCCCAAGGAGCCAAAGCCUUAACUGAUAAUUGCUGAGCCAACUCAAAUUAUGUUUUUCUUAUUUUUUUUUUUUUACAAUCUUCAGUUUUACUCUUAAAAAUGUGUGAAUAUUGUGUUCUAAUGUGGAAGUUAAUAUGUUUGUUUUGGAUACGCACCCUCAUCACUAAGAUCCUGAUUGAGGCAGUGCUUUACAUUACAAUUCAAUGCUCUCCAUAAAGCUGAGAUAUGCCCACUGUGGAGAGUGAAGCCAAAGUAAAAACCAGAGUUCGCUUUGAAGAAUUGCUUAAGACCCACCAUGAUCUCAUUCAGGAAAGAAAAAAACUGAAGAAAAAAAUCGGCAAAUCUGGAGAAAAAAUUGCACUUGAUACUGUUAGAAGCAAUCUUCAGAAAAGUAAAGAAACUAAAAGUGAUGAUGUCAGUUCUUCAAACACUACUAACCUAGAGAAGAACAUGCCAGGCACUAAAAGCAAACUAAGGAAUUCCCAGUCAACACCUGAAAAUCCAGAUGAUGUUACUGUAGAGGAAGACAGGCAAUGGAAGGCAAGUAAAAAAGUUAUUAAAACGGUACUCCAGAUGACUGCACAAGGAAUGGAACUGGAAACUCCCAUGAAGAAAGUGGAUUCCACACAUCAGAAAGCACGAACCAAGUCACAGCCAGGGGUUGCUCAUCAGAAGAGCGAGAAGGCAGAUGAAGAAAGAGAAAAUAAUAAUGUAGAUGAGGAAGAAGAACUGAUGCAAGUAUACCAGCUCCAAGUAGCUGAAGAAAUGGCAAAGGAGAUUAAGAAGAAAAUAAGAAAGAAACUCAAAGAACAGUUGACUUACUUUCCCCUAGAUACUACUUCUUCAUUGCAUGAUGGCAAAUUGAACAGUGAGAAAAAAAUAAAGAAAAAAAAGAAAGUUCCAAUUUCAUCUAAAGCUGAAACAAGUAUAUCGAACAUCUCCAAUGACACAGUUGAAGGUGAACAAAAGAAGGGAUCUCCAGUUAGAACAGUUACCUCAGAUUCUCAUCAAGAUGGUAAAAUAAGCUCAAUGGAAGACAAUGUAGAAGACAGCAUGCAAGAUGACACAAAAUGCAAAUCAAAAAAAAAGAAAAAGAAGGCUAAAUCAGUUUCUGAUAAUAAUGAAGACACUGAUGGUGAUGGUGUUCAUGAAGUAACAAGCCGAGAUAGUCCAGUUUAUCCCAAAUGUUUGCUUGAUGAUGAUCUUGUCCUGGGAGUUUACAUUCAUCGUACUGAUCGACUUAAGUCUGAUUUUAUGAUUUCUCACCCGAUGGUAAAAAUUCAUGUGAUUGAUGAGAAUACUGGUCAGUAUGUCAAGAAAGAUGAUAGUGGACGGCCUGUUUCAUCUUACUAUGAAAAAGAGAGUGUGGAUUACAUUCUUCCUAUUAUGACCCAGCCAUAUGAUUUUAAACAGUUAAAAUCAAGACUUCCAGAGUGGGAAGAACAAAUUAUAUUUAAUGAAAACUUUCCCUAUUUGCUUCGAGAUUUUGAUGAGAGCCCUAAAGUCAUCUUGUUUUUUGAGAUUCUUGAUUUCUUAAGCAUGGAAGAAAUUAGGAAUAAUUCUGAAAUUCAAAACCAAGAAUGUGGCUUUCGGAAAAUUGCCUGGGCAUUUCUCAAGCUUCUUGGAGCCAAUGGAAAUGUAAACAUCAAUUCGAAACUUCGUUUGCAGCUGUAUUACCCACCUACUAAGCCUCGAUUCCAAUUAAAUGUUGUUGAAGUUUUUGAAUGGUGGUCAAAAUAUCCAAGAAAUCGUUAUCCAUCAACAUUGUACGUAACUGUAAGAGGAUUGAAAGUUCCAGAAUGUAUAAAGCCAUCUUACCGUUCUGUGGUUGCUGUUCAAGAGGAAAAAGGUAAACCUGUGUAUUGUGAACGACACCACGAGACCAAUUCAGUAGAUGCCGAACCUGGACUAGAAGAUUCCAAGGAAGUGGUGAAGUGGAAACGACUACCUGGGCAGGCUUGCCGUAUUCCAAACAAGCACCUCUUCUCACUAAAUGCAGGAGAACGAGGAUGUUUUUGUCUUGCUUUCUCUCAUAAUGGAAGAAUAUUAGCAGCAGCCUGUGCCAGCCGGGACGGAUAUCCAAUUAUCUUAUAUGAAAUUCCUUCUGGGCGUUUCAUGAGAGAAUUGUGUGGCCACCUCAAUAUCAUUUAUGAUCUUUGCUGGUCAAAUGAUGAUCGUUAUAUCCUUACUGCAUCAUCUGAUGGCACUGCCAGGAUAUGGAAAAAUGAAAUAAAUAAUAGCAAUACAUUCAGAGUUUUACCUCAUCCCUCCUUUGUUUACACUGCCAAAUUCCAUCCUGUGGUCAAAGAACUGGUGGUUACCGGAUGCUAUGAUUCUGUGAUACGGGUAUGGAAGGUUGAUAUGAGAGAGAAUCCUGCUGUAUUGAUCCGACAGUUUGACACACACAGGAGUUUCAUCAACUCUCUCUGCUUUGAUAUUGAAGGUCAUCACAUGUAUUCAGGAGAUUGCACAGGGGUGAUUGUUGUUUGGAAUACCUAUGUCAAAGUUAAUGAUGUGAAACAUUCAGUGCGCCACUGGAGUGUAAAUAAGGAAAUUAAAGAGAGUGAGUUUAAGGGGAUUCCCAUAAGUUAUCUGGAGGUUCAUCCCAAUGGAAAACGAUUGUUAAUCCAUACCAAAGACAGUACUUUGAGAAUUAUGGAUCUCCGAAUAUUAGCAGCAAGGAAAUUUGUAGGUGCAGCAAAUUACCGGGAAAAAAUUCAUAGUACUUUGACACCAUGUGGGACUUUUCUCUUUGCUGGAAGUGAGGAUGGUAUAGUAUAUGUUUGGAACCCAGAAACAGGAGAACAAGUAGCAAUGUAUUCUGACCUGCCAUUCAAAUCACCCAUUCGAGACAUUUCUUAUCACCCACUUGAAAAUAUGGUUGCAUUUUGUGCAUUUGGGCAGAAUGAGCCAAUUCUUCUGUAUAUUUACGAUUUCUAUGUUGCCCAGCAAGAGGCUGAAAUGUUCAAACGCUACAAUGGAACAUUUCCAUUACCUGGAAUACACCAAAGUCAAGAUGCUUUAUGCACCUGUCCUAAACUGCCUCAUCAAGGCUCUUUUCAGAUUGAUGACUAUGUCCACACUGAACAUUCCUCAAUGAAGAUGCAACAAGUGAAACAGAGACUCGAUUCUGUCACAGAGGUGAUACGAGCUUGUGCUGCAAAGGUCAACAAAAAUCUCUCGUUUGCUUCGUCAACCUCCUCACAGCAGUCUAAGUUAAAACAGUCAGACAUGCUUGCCGCUCAUCACAUUCAACACCAGUUUGGUUUCACUCAGACCGGGAUUAUCAGCAUGGAAAGAAAGCCUUGUAACCAUCAUGUAGAUACAGCACCAACGGUAGUGGCUCUUUAUGACUACACAGCGAAUCGAUCAGAUGAACUAACCAUCCAUCGCGGAGACAUUAUCCGAGUGUUUUUCAAAGAUAAUGAAGACUGGUGGUAUGGCAGCAUAGGAAAGGGACAGGAAGGUUAUUUUCCAGCUAAUCAUGUGGCUAGUGAAACGUUAUAUCAAGAAUUGCCUCCAGAGAUAAAGGAGCGAUCCCCUCCUUUAACCCCAAAGGGAAAAACCAAAACGGAAAAACCUUCAGCUCUUCAAAAGCAGCCAGUCAUUAAGGACAAGUCCCAGGAUUUCAGACUGGGCUCAGAGUCCAUGACACAUUCUGAAGUGGGCAAAGAGCAGAGCCGUGAGGACCAAGGACAAGCACACAAAGUGGGCAAAGAGCAGAGCCGUGAGGACCAAGGACAAGCACACAAAGAAAAAUGAGCAAGCCAGCCAAAAAGUCACCCUAAUAGAGUAAAGAGUUGAAGGAGAAUGAAGAGACAAUCAAAUACACAGAAAUGAAAUGGCAAAUGAAACCAGUUUCUCUUCAGACUUAAGAAUUUUCAGAUCCUAAGGAAGAAAGGAAGGACCCACUAUGUCUUGUCCUCAUGAGAGCAUCUAGAAAAAUCAGAAGCAAGGUAUGAGUAGAAAAAUGAAUGUGGCCUUUUGGCCUUCAUUAUUAUAAACCAUUGUGAUUGUUGUUGAUCAAAGUACUGGCACUUGUAUUUAUUAGUAAUUACAUCAGAAUUACAUGACCACUGUUGGAAAACCCAUAAAGAAAAAAAAAUAAUUGCUUAAAAACAAAACAAAAAACGUAAUUGCUAUUCAACAUGAAGGAAAAGUGUUUACUCUGUUGGGAUGUCCAUUAAGCAGUCGUUUAAUGUUAUUAUAUCUGUAACGUGAUUGUGUGAUGUUAUGUUCAGAAUAUAAAGUGUAUGCUUUUGAAAUUUAACUUUAAGAGACAAGCAGCUUCACAAUAUUGUAUAUUUUAAAUGGUCCCAGUGAGAAAGACAUUAAAAGGGAACAAAUUUUGUUUGUUUUGAAUGAAUCAUAUAUGUAACUUGUUACAUGUAAACUAAAUGCCCUUUGACUUGAUUGGUAGCAGUAUUUCAAAUAUCUUUACUUUUAAAAAAGAGCAUUUCAUAUUUAAGCAUAUAAGUCAUUUGUAGACUUCCAUUGUUGAAUAUUUAUUUUAGUCUUAACAUUUGUUCUUAAAUUAUUACAUUGCAUUAUUUAUUCCUUGAGUUCCUUAAUUAACGGUGUCAUUACAAUAUGACUGUUUUAUUAAAGUGUUAUGUUAUAAUA